AUGAGAAGAGCAGCUAAUAGCCUACUACCCAACAAGAACAGACUUCUGAAAAGUCUGAAGUUGGAUUUUCGUAGUAUACGAGAGUUUUACAUCACUUUGGACGAGCCACAUAGAUCAUACCAUCCCGGUGAUGAAGUUAAGGGCAGCAUAGCCUUAGUAUUGGAUCGUGAUUUGGUUAACCUGGUUGUCACUUUGUCUCUUAGUGGCACCGUAAAGAUAAAAAACCCAACGCGUGCUUCGACGCUUCGUGGAAUAUCCAAGAACAUAACACUAUUUGAUCACACCAUCAGUUUGUAUGGAGACCAACAGAGUAACACAAAUAGUGGGUUGUCAAACGGACUUUCGAAAGGUGAACACCGGUUUCCAUUUAUUGUUAAACUACCCAAAAGAAAUGUUUUUACGAGCAUCAGUUUUGAGAAAGGUUCCAUUCGAUACGGCCUCAAAUGUGCCGUAGGAGACAAGUCCACGUUUAGUCUUCUCUCAUUGGCUUCCAAUAUCAACAAUUCAAACAUCCUAGUGUGUGAGAAAUUCAUCAACAUAGUAAAACCAAUUAACGUAGCAAGAUUACCCGCGUUAAAGCCUAAGACUUUGGUGGUAAAAUCCCCUACGAGACGACUACACAGAAUCAAGUCUUCGGCCUCCUCGGUAGUUUCAGAUCAAUCAAACAACAGUCAAGGAAUGAAUGCAGCAGAUGAAUCGAAUUUAACGCCGGAUUUUUCCCAAACCGUGGACGAUUUACCAAAAAAGACCUCAUCCAAGAGUAUCAAGUUGUCCGUGGAAUACCCGCACUUGGGAUACCUCCCAGGGGAGUCUAUUCCAGUGAAAAUAAAAUUACAACAUACAAAAUAUAUUCAAAACUCAAAUGGGAUCAUUGUCACUUUGAUACGAGUCUGCAAGUUUGAUUUUGGGCCUGAAGGCGCAGUCCAAACGUUUAGAAAGGACUUAUCUCAAGCAAUUCUCCCUUUAGUUACAGAUCCUAAUUUGCAUACCGGUGAAGUUAGCACGUCUCUAAAAAUUCCUGCUGAUGUCUUUCCAAGUAUCAUUGGCUGUCCAUUAGUCAGUUUCCAAUACUCCGUAGAAUGUGUGGUGAACCUAUCAACAACCAAUUCUUUGAAAGUCUUUUUGGGAAAGACUAAGUUUUCACCUACCGAUACCAAACAUCUUAUUGAUGAUGAGAAUAUCAAUGAUAUAGUGUCCUAUUCACACUCUCUGAAUAAUGAAAGCAUAGACGAGAAUGAAGGUCCAGAUAUGUCGGAUAAUUCCUUAUUAGGAACUUCGUCUAUUCCGACGCCAACGUCCGACAAUAAUGAAGAUUCACCAGUGAAGGUGUACUCUGUGAAACAAUCAUCUACCAAUUAUUCGUCAAAUACUAAUAAUUCCAACAUAUUCAACGUUGACAAGUUGAAAAGGCUCCGGGAUGUCAUCACCUUGAAUAGCGAAGUGGUAAUUGGUACAUAUAGAAGAGUCGAACGUGCCUCAAGAGCCCGAUCUCAAGCUUCGUCAAUGCAAAAUAGUCCUGGAGACAUUCAAGAAGGAGUUGCUUUCGAAUCAACAACAGCAAUAAGACCAAACAGGCAAUACGAGGUUACCGAUUCUAGACACCAUUAUACUCAGCCUCCACCUCUUGAAGAGUAUCCAUACUCAUACCCAGAACCAAUAGAGGACAGUCCAAUUUAUUCAUCAUUGGCAGACGAACAGUAUCCAUCCGUUCCAGGUCAAUCAGGAUUAACAGAAAAGCAAAUACUUCAAAUACAGGAGAAUGCUCUCUUACCGUCAGAGCCCUUUAUUGAGCCAGAACUCAAUGAUUCAGAAUCGUUAAGGGUACCCGAGCUCCCUGCAAGUCCAGAACUCUAG